AUGGAUGUUGAUGUGGCUACGGAAAUCAUGAGCGGGCUACCUGUGCGGUCACUUUUACGAUUCAAAUGUGUUUCAAAGUUAUGGAUGACAUUGAUUUCCGACCCUUACUUUUCGAAGAAGCAUCUCAAUCAUGCCAGGAAUGAUGGUAAUUCCCAAAAAAUUCUUGUUCACAUAUUAAACCCAAGAUAUGAUGAAUUUUCCUUGUAUUGUUCUUCUUUAUCGUCAGUUCAACAGAUUGAGCGCGUACAAAAACUUGAUUUUCCUUGUAAUGAUAAACCAUGGCGUUACUCAUUAUAUUGUUGUUGCAAUGGCAUGGCGCUUAUGGGGUUUUGUAAUUAUCCCGAUAAACACUUCCAACUUUUGCUAUGGAACCCUUCCACGAGAGAAUUAAUAGUACUUCCCGAUCCGAAAAUUCUUCCAAAGGACUAUUGUACCUGGGAAUUGGGAUAUGACUCGGCUAGUGAUGACUAUAAGAUCCUUAAGAUUGAUGACAAAUCAUGCAGUGAAAUUCUCGCUCUGAAAAGUGGUUCCUGGAGAUUACUUGAUAAGCAUCCUAUUGACGCUCACCCUAUGCUUAAAUCUACCGGCUCUUUGGUAUGUGUCCAUGGGGCAUUUCAUUGGCUCAUUAGAUCGUUGACGAAAUAUUAUGUGAUGUCAUUUAGUAUUACAGACGACGUGUACAGAGAGAUACCUUUCCCAGAACAACUCUACUCAAAUUGCUUGUUGGGACGGGGCGUUUCAGAAUUGGGAGGAAUGUUAUGUGUUUAUUCUGGUACAGAUGUCAUUUUUAAAAUUUGGGUAAUGAAAGACUAUGUCAACGAAUCUUGGACUAAUUCGUUUAUUAUACUAGCUACCAAUAUUCAAUCAGCCAUACCGAUAUAUAUGUUUUCGGAUGGAGAAGUGCUACUGUGUUGUGAAGAUUUGCAUCGUAUUUCUUAUGUCUUUAGGACAUCCAAAGGACCGUUUGGAUUAUGGCCUCAAUCUGAUGUCGUUCAGAAUGGAUUUGUUUACACAGAAAGUUUGAUCUUCCCGAAAUUAAUUAGUUAG